UAUUGUUCAUCUCUUCUCUAGGGCCGUCACCGAGAAAUUGCCGGCGAUUUCAUCUUUUCUCGUCUUAGGUGAGAGAAAGCUUCUGCCUUCCCGCCCCUAUGUUAUCAUAACAAAUUGGAAGCAACAAAGAGUCUGCAGGUGAACUACUACCUCAAAGAAUGAGUCCUUCACCCGAGUUUUAUUGCUGGCCCUGGGUUGGGAUUAUAGCCAACGCGCAAAACGACAACCGGGGUUACUGGCUGAAUGAAUUCUCCAAAUACAAUCCUUCGGGAGUUGAAAUUUUACAAGACGGUGCGCAGGUUGUCGUAAGAUUUGGCGAUGAUUUGUCUGGAUUUAAGAAUGCGAUUGAGUUUGAGAAGUCGUUCCAAGAUCAAGGUUGUAGUAAGAAAGAAUGGAUUGACCGAAGAGCUUCUCCCGGUGCAAGUGUUUAUGGUUGGCUUGCUCGUGAAGACGACUACAAAUCGGACGACCCCGUGGGAAAUUAUCUUUGCACUACAGGGGGGUUAAGAACAAUCUCAGACGUAAUUGAUGAAGUAAUUGAAAAUCGGAAGAAAAUUGCGAGUAAUCUAGUGGAUGAGAUUGACACGAGAAACGAAAAUAUGGAUAGCAUGCAAAUCAAAUACAGUGAGAGGAUAAUGUCCCUUGGUAAAAUGCUUGAAGAGAAAGACGAACUUCACAGAACGUUAUGUGAAGAAACGAGGAAGGUGCAUAGCAUUAUUAAGAGGGCUUUGAAUGAACAAGAGAUGCUGAAUUACGAACUGGAAAGCAAAAGACGGCAACUUGAUUCUUGGAGUGUGGAGCUGCACAAGCGCGAGUCGUUAAUUGAAAACGAAAGACGGAAAAUCGAAGAGGAGAAGAAACAGAAUGAUUUGAGAAGCAAUGCUCUUCAAAUGGCUGCUAAGAAGCCAAGGAGGACGACUUACGAAAAUGGUCUAAGGAUGCUCGGAGAAGAACAGAGAGAGAUGGAGAAUUUUCUGGCAACGGUUCGUGAGUUAGAAAGAGAUUGCGUUGCGAUGAACAAAAUGAAAACGGAAAUCGAAAUUCUGAAAAUGGAAUGUAAGUUUGAGGAGACGAAGCAUUUGGGAUUAGGUGACGGUGAUUGUGACGAUAAAGUCCAACAAAAGAUGGAUCAGAUGCAAGAGUUGUUAGAUCUCUUGCAGGAGACGACUGAUGGAAUCGACACUUUAGAAUAUUAUAACCGUGCGCUAAUUAUGAAAGCCCGUCAUACAGAUGAUGAGUUGCAAGAGGCUCGUAAAGAGCUAGUGACAGGAUUUAAUGAUAUAAGGAGUGUGCAUUCUGCUAACAUUGGGAUUAAAAAGAUCGGUGAAAUCAACGAGAAAGCAUUUAUGGACACUUUGAUAAAAAGACUCCCUUCUGAAGAGGCUGAGGUCGAGGCUCGUAAACUGUGUUGCUUGUGGCAAGAGAAAAUAAAACAUACCGAAUGGUACCCGUUUCAAAUAAAAGGAGAUAAGGGGAAUGCUAUGAAAUGGGUGAUCAACGAGGAUGACGAGUUACUGAGGGGCCUUAAGAAGGAAUGGGGCGAUGAAAUCUAUAGUGCAGUCUUGACAGCUUUGUUGGAAGUCGAAGAAUACAAUCCUGGUGGACGUGAUGCGGUUUCCGAGGUGUGGAACUUCAAAGAAAAUAGAAAAGCCACUCUUAGGGAAGCCAUCAAACACACGUUAACGCAAUUGAAACCACUCUUAAGGAAGAUGUCGGUUGCGCAAUCGAACGCAUUCGAACGCGAAAAAAGAGCUUGAAUAGGCGGCACACUGAACUCCUUUUGAACACAAGCCAACGACUUUUGGAUUGUCUGAACUCUGAUUUUUCACUUGUUGAAAUAUAUGAAACUAUUAUAUAUAGCCGUUUUCUUUGUUUAAAUUCGUUUUAUCUCGUGUUGUACGACCGACUAAGGGAGAAUUAUGUUUUUUCGUCCCUCGUGUUCGUCCAAUUCCACUUUCCGUCCCCGUUGUUCUAGAA